AUGCUGAAACGAGACAACAAAGGGACUCGGGCGACCCUGGCGAGCACAAAUGAUGUGCUUGAAAAGACCGAAGCUGUUCUUACAGACACAGCAAGGCUGCUCGAGGAGGAAACUGCUCUUCACGAAGUACAUGAACUGACGGAGGAGAAACUACUCGGAAUUGGGACGGAGCUGGUCUCGACUGUUGGUAACUCUCUGAAGGAUAUCGAUGGUCUACAAGCCAAACUCAGCCGGCGCUCUCUCCAUCACUCUCAGAACCGCGAGGCGUGGAACUCUUCUCUAACUGGGGUCAUUGACGUCUAUGGCCUAGUUGACGAACGCAUCGGAAGCUUUCAAGCAGCACAUGCAGAAGCUGCCGCCGCAAGCUCUCGUCGUAUCGAGUCGUUUAUAGCAGCCGAGACGCAUUGCGAGAUGGCGCACAUGGAGAUUUCCGCACAACUAUCUAGGGAGAAGUCGUCCCAGCUGGCGAAUACUACGCUGGUCGUCGAAACCAGUCAUCGCAGGCCAGAGAUUCGAUGGUAUCUAUUCACGCUGGCGAAUGGGCCAAAUUGCGCAGUCUUUCAGAUUACGAUAACACAUCCCCGGGUCCGUGGUGGAUUUCUCUUCUUCACCCAGUACAUGGGAUUUAAUCGAUCAAUCGACAGGUCAAUCAUUCAAUCAUUCAAUCAAUCGGUUGGUCAAGACCCUUUCCAUUUUCUCGCAUUCACUUACAAAACCUCCAGAUCCACGGCCCAUGUAAUGGUUUCGUACCCUUCUGAACCACCUCACAGCAUUCAUUCUACGGCCCGCAAGGUCCAAGAUGCGAGGUGCAAGUAG